AUGUUUAAAGACACAAAUCAGAUACUGAGCGAGGCAAUGUAUGAAGAAGUGACACCUUCAGCAAAUCGAAUAUUUCAAAUUCUCAAAAAUUACAAGAAAAUAGGACUUCACUUAAUUGUUCAUCAUAUCACACAAGUGAUUUUAUUAUUAGUGUGUAUGAUCGUCAUCUGCUCACUAUUUGGUAUAACAGACCAUGUCACUGGUGUUGGCCUCUUAAUUUCUGAAAUGGUUAUUUCAAUAAUUUCGUUACUAUUAUAUAUGGUUUACUUAGUCUUUAUUGUCCUUGCUGUCCGGAGCCAUCCCGUCCUCACUGCUGAUAAAAAGGGUAAAAUACUUUUUGCCAAGGUUGCUAACACUCUUCAUAUCAUUUAUGUGAUUUUACUGUCGUUCAAUACGUUCCAAUCAAUCUUCUUGGCACUUUCAUAUAACCCGGGAUCACCAUUGCACGGCCAUUCUAUUGGUGGGACGAUUACCAUUUUUUUCGUGUUCUU